GGAGGGCAGCAUCAACACAAGCCCUGAGUGUGACCAGGACGCUGGAGGUAUUCUGUUAGGCUCCCUCACUCUCUCUGUGUCUCCCCCUCCCCAGAGGCGUGUUGUAAACAUUGAGCGGCGCUGGCCCCCACCCGCGAAUGAUGUAGGGGAGAUGAAUGUGGCUGGGUGACCGAGGGCUGCUGAUCUCUUGGAUGACCUACCGUAGGGACCAGACGAUGUGGCUUCGAUGCAGGGAGCCAGGGCAGAGUCGAGGACUGGGCGAGUCGGGGAAGAUCCCAUUUCAGCCGCGCUGGCCGACCUGCGGAGUACAGGAUGGUACUGGGGAGCUCUUCAAGCAAACAAAGCCAACGAGAUGUUAAAAGAAGCUUCUGAAGGUACUUUCUUGGUGCGAGACAGUUCACACCAGGACUAUUUUCUCACCAUCUCUGUGAAAACUGUCCUGGGACCAACCAACCUGCGAAUUGAAUAUCGAGAUGGCAAGUUCAGGCUCGACUCGGUGAUCCUCAUGAGAUCUAAGCUUCAGCAGUUUGACAGUGUGGUGCAUCUGGUGGAAUAUUAUGUGGGCUUAUGUCGGACACUGCAGAACAGCCACUGUCUGGCUCCUCAAAACAGAGGCAUCCAGCUCUGGUUAACCAAACCUUUCUACACUGAGACCCCAUCGUUGCAACACUUCUGCCGUAUCACCAUCCAUAAAGCAACCAGAGAGAUCGAAGAACUGCCUUUGCCAACUAAACUGAAGGAAUACUUGUCGGAAUAUAAGUAUCAAGUUUAAAACACGGUUAAAGAGGAAGGAAAGCUGAAGGAGGGCCUUUGUUCAAAGCAUCUUCUGCAGCCAGGAAACCAGUCCCAACUUUGUUUUGAAACAAAAACAAAAUCAGAAAUUGCUGGAAAGUCCCAGCAUCUGUGGAGAAAAUUCAGAGUUGGCGUUGUGGGUCCAGUGACCCUUCUUCAUAACUGCUUUGUUUUUGCCUGUCUCUCUUGGACGUUAUUGUCUAUUUUUCCUGCCUCUGACACUCUGUUUUCAGCCUCCGCUGCUGAUUACUGGGAGGGUUUGUGUCAGUCUUGCAGCACGGAAAUUCAAUUAAUUAUUAAGUAUAUUAUUUCAACCAGUUUACAGUCACCCUGAAGAGAAUCGGGUACUCUGCAGUGCUUCCCCGGGAACUGUCUUACCUGUCCGUUCUCAUGGUUUAAACGCGUUAUAAUAAUUAAAUAACCCCACUAUUACAUUUUUUUAACCUUGGUUAUAAUUGCAUAUCUAAGUGACCAAAACUGCACACAGUACUCUAGUUGAAACCUAACUAACCUCAUAACAACUCCAUCAUAAUCUUAGAUAACAAGGUGUAGAGCUGGAUGAGCACAGCAGGCCAAGCAGCAUCAUAGGAGCAGGAAAGCUGACGGUGAAGAAGGGUCUAGACCCAAAACUGCUCCUCUGAUGCUGCUUGGCCUGCUGUGUUCAUCCAGUUCUACACCUUGUUAUCUCAGAUUCUGCAGCAUCUGCAGUUCCUACUAUCUCCAUCGUAAUCUUUUUGUUUUAUAUUCAAUGCCUUGACUAGAAAAGAUAAUUAUCCCAGGUGUCUUUUUAAACACCUUAUCUGCCUGUCCCACUGCCUUCAAUGAUCUAUGGACAAGUACAUCAAGGUCUCUCUGAUCCUCUCUCAGUUCCUGUUAUUUGACUUGUAUCCUUUGCCUUGUUAGUCCUUCCAAAAUGCAGUGCUGUUCAGGAAUAAAUUCCAUUUGCCAUUGUACAGCCCAAGUGACCCAGCCUGUCUAUAUUGUCCUGUAGCCUAAGGUUUUCCACCUUGCUAUCUAGCACACUACAGAUUUUUGUGUAACUUACUGAUCACGCCUCCUACGGCACUUUCCACAAUCAGCAGGCAUUCAAAGCACUUUACAGUGAAUGAAAUACUUGCUAAGUUUGUCACUAUUUUAGUGUGAGAAGCACAGCGUGGAAUUUGCACUCAGCAAGCCCUUCCACGUAACAGCAAUGUGAUGAAGAGCAAAUACUCAGCCAAAGGUGCUCUCUUUUGGAAGACACUUUCAGCUGAGGUGCAUUCUAUCCUUGUGUUAACCUUUGCUUUUAAAUUGCUGAUAUCAGUCUUUUUGUAAUUUCGUUGUGAGCUGGGGUUGAGCAAGCUGUGAGUGACUUCCCUUCUCCCUCACUAUUUGGACAUGUGUAUAUGAGGAGCGUAUAAGGUGUAUUAUAAAGAUGAUUCACAUAUUAGAAAUAUCAGCAUAAAACAGAAGCCAAACAUCAGUAGCACAGUGAUAAUGACACUGGAUUUGUAAUCCAGGACUCUAGCUUGAUGUUUAGAUGGCUCCCGUGGUAGUGGCCCUAUCUCUGAGCUAGGAGGCUUGAGUUCAGGUUCCACCUGCACCAGAGGUGCGCAAUAAGAUCUCUGAACGGUUUGAUUCGAAAAUAGCUACAUGGAGAGACUAUUGUUGAAAAUGUCUUCUAGACAUACACUAAUGGAACCAUUCUUAAGGGGAAUAUUCAACCUGUUGGACCAUGAACUCUGCUUCCAAAUUACAGACCUCCUGCAUUGCUCCCUCCUCUCUUGGACAUUACCCCACCUAUCUGGGUCGUCCCAUCACCUGACCCUUCUCCUUUCUCCUAACAUUUCGUGCUGUCUAUCCUAUUCAUCCUUCUACUCUGUUCUCGACCUUUUGUCUACCCCCCCUCAAAAAAAAACUACUCUCUAGCUCUCUCCGCUUUCAAUCUACUGCCUUAUUUCCAAUCCCAUUUCUCUCUAGUGUGACUUUGUCAUGCGUAUCCACCCCAAGAGCCAUUUUCUGUCUGACACUGUUCUUUCAGCAGCCACAGUAGUGGUGAGAGAUUGGGGAGUGAAAUGACUUUAGCAGACAAUUCCACAGACUGGGGAGGAAUCACACUCUUGCUGAAGACAUGCCACCACUUUCAUAGUUAGUUUGAAUGUUUGUGUGUGUUCAGCAGGUUCCUCCUCAUAGCCCAGGCACCUGUGGAAGGGGUAACUGUGUCCCUAAAAGGAGAUGAUAGGAGUGGCCACCUGGUCCCCAGAUCAAGGGCUCGCUGUAAUCUGAAUAAAAGAGAUCAAGUCUAAAUAUUCUUUUAAUGGGGUUGUUAAUGAGGCACUGUCAUUGAUCAUUUGCUGAAUAAUUCAGUGGGUAAGCCCCCACGCUGCCCCUUAUUUGUGACUCCCCCCAUUACCCCAUUUAUAAACCCCCACACAUUGCACUUUACUUGUGACUCCUCAACAUUGCCCCCUAUUGUGACCCCCCCACCCCGCACUUUCGCAGUAAUCCAUUUCAGAGUGUCAGGGUAAUGGUGAAAAGAAUUCAGGGGUGCAUUUACAUAGUAUCACUUACAAACCCAGGAUAUCUCAAAGCAACGAGAUAACAAAGUGUGAGGCUGGAUGGACACAACAGGCCCAGCAGCAUCUCGGGAGCACAGAAGCUGACGUUUCGGGCCUAGACCCUUCAUCUCAAAGCAUCUUAUUUCAGUGAAGUGUGUUCCGGUAAGUAGUCGCUGCGGCCCUGCUGGCCCAGUGAUAACAACGUAGCAAUAUGGCACCAACAAGUGUGAGCUAAAUGGCCAGAUCGUCUAUUUUUCUGGUGACCCGUGGUUGCGGAAUAUGUUUUGGCUUGAACAUGAAGGAAAAGUUCCCCUACUUCUCUUCCAAAUAAUGUUGUGGGAUUUUUUUUAAAAAAGUCCGUCUUGAAGGGUAGCCAGGUCCUUGGUUUAAUAUCUCACCACAAAAGAUUUUUUAACAGGACAUAGUUGUGCCUCAUCAGCUCUGAUGACUGCCUCUGAUUGCCCUUGAACUGAAUGGCUUGCCUGGCCAAUUCAGAAGGGAGUUAAGAGUCAACUGCAUUGCUGUGGGUCUGGAGUUACAUGUGGAAACAUCAGAAAGAUUUCCAUCCAGAAAGGAAUGAAUAAACAAGACAGACUUUACACAAACAAAUUUCUAUAGUGUUUCUAUAAUGACUAUUGAAAUGAUACAGCACAGAAGGGGGCCAUUUGGCCCAACUUGAACAAUAGUUCAGAAUGGCGUUCAAUUCCAGCUUUAACCUCCUCUCAAGUGAUCCAGCUGAGUAUUUAACUUUGGGACCUCUCUACAGCCAUAAUUAUACGAGUCACCAGGACUUUGGUCCCAGCAAAGUGUAAGUAAAGGCCAUCCUGACAAUAUGGAAUCUCUAUGGAGUGGAAGCAGGCCACUCAGCCCAUCAGAUUCACACAGAUCCUCCCAAGAACAUCCCACCCAAACCCACUCCCCAGCCUUAUCCCUGUAACCCUGCAUUCCCAUGGCCAAUCCAUCCAGCCUGCACAUCUUUGGACUGUGGGAAGAAACCGGAGGAAACCCACGCAGACACGGGGAGAACGUGCAAACUCCACAGACAGUCACUCGAAUCCAACUUGGGGCCCCAUGAUCUGAGAAGCAGCAAUGCCCAAUACAUCUUCCCGUUUCCCCAGUACCUCUGUCAGUGUUUCAUAAAUUAAAACCCAUUUCUCUCUCACUAAUCUUUCAGUCAUGUGUUCACCUCUCUGAUUUUAUUUACCCCACACCAAUUUGUCCAUAGAUUAAGUAGUAAUUCAGAGAUGAUUUGCCUUUUGGCCAUUACUCCCUCAUAGAAUUUCAGUAGAAUUUUUUAGCCUGACCGAUGGCGAUGGUAUCAAUGCCAAUAAUGGCAACUGGAUCUCACCCCUCGCACAAUAUGUUUGUCUCCAGGCACGAAAUGUCCUUAAAUCUCGCACUGAACACGCAAAAGAGCCUUCUGGAUUCUCAUUCCUGGCUGUAGAAGCAGCUUCUAUCCCCGUGACAAUGCUAUACCUUUCCUCUACUGCAUUCCUUUUCACUCCCCAGUGUGACUGACCUCCUGCACUAUGGCACUGGUCACACAGUCCAUUUGUUCCUCCUCCCGGCUCUUGUCCACACCAGCUGCAGGAAUAGCUAACCUCAGCGCAAUUGGAAAGGCUAAUGUUCGGCUAGUACUACUCUCUGAAGCCCCAUACCUGCCUGGCUCACACCUUUCUGUCCCUGAGUAAGGCCAAAUCUGAAAUACCUAUCCUAACGGGUGUACCUACCUCCUGGAACAAAGUGACAAACAAGGUAACUUUCCCUUGUUGUAUUGCAGUGUCUGAGUCUCAACUCAGGCUGAACUCUGAGUCGAAGGUCUUUACGCUGCAGACGUUUACUGUGGAAGUGGUUAUUGUAGGUCAUACUGGUGUCCACCAACACUACACACUACAGCCACAAUACAUCUUCUGCCCUGGCCAUUUUUAAUAUAAUUUGUUGAUUAAUCUGUUUGAAAAUUUAGAAAUGUUAUGUGUUAUGAUCAGAACUACCUCCCCUCCCAAACUUAUCAAGGAGAUAGCCUAAAUGCUAACUUUUAUCUUAUUUAAAGGUAAUUGUAAGAUGCUGUGUUCCAGUGUAAUUUAAUUGGUCCCAGAACUUGGCCUAAAGCACUUGGAGAACCUGGACACAGUCCUUUCUCCCAGGUGGGCAUAUGCCUUAGAAGGGAAAAAUGUGUGUCCAGGCACUCCAAGUGAUAUUCUUGGGGUACAGAGUCGACAAGACCUGGUUACACCAUUGAAAGAUAAAGUAAAGGCAAUCGAAGGUGCCCCAGCUCCCAUGUAUGUGCUGAAGCUCUCCUUGGGCUAGAGAAUUAUAAUAGAAAGUUCAUUCAUAACCCAGUCUCCAUCCUGGCACCUUUGCAUCAACUCCUAAAAAAGGGUGAGCCUUGGAAUUAAUUCAGUGAUAAUGGGAACUGCAGAUGGUGGAGAAUCCAAGAUAACAAAGUGUGGGGCUGGAUGAACACAG